AUGGAUUCGCCGCCGGUACCAAAACCAAGGAGUGCGUUUUUGCCUCCUUGCGAGCCUGUAACUCGGCCUGUGCCUGUUCCACGUACCAAAUUGCCUCAGCCUACAGAAAGGGUCACUGCUUCUGACAUAUUUAAAUCAAUAAGUACUGUUUCAAAGCAACUAUCUGAGGAUGUGGCACUGAAAGUAAGUAAUUCUGCUAAGACUGCUAAUGAAAAGUUAGAAAGAUCCAUUCAAGAUGGUUCAAAAUUUGCCAAAGAUACAUUGGAAAAAACACUUACAACUUCUCGAGCUGUGCGUCAGUCUGUGACUAAGUCUGUGAUAGAAGGAACUAGGACAGCGGGCCUUAGGUUAAGGAGGACAAAGAAACCAGACAGUCUCGAUGAAAAUGACCCACAAAGAUGUGUUUCAAUGCCAGCUGUUGAUGUUAGUUUAUUUGACAAUAUACAAUUCAAUUCACCGCUUCUGGAACAAAAGAGAUUUAACAAUGAUGGGCUUGGUGCUCCGAAAAACCAGGAACACCCUAAUUUACAUUUGAAUACAUCUAAUUUUGAUGAUUUGUCUCUGUUCUCUAGUAAUUCAGAUAAUACAGAUUCAGUUAGCAGUUAUUCUUAUGACAUGAGCAGAGAAUUAGAACAUAAUGCUUCUAGUUUAACUCUGGAAAGUGAACAAAUGACAUAUGAUAUUCCAAAACCGUCGAGAACUAACAGCAUAGUUAGUUCUCUGAGUUCAACAUCUAUUGGAUCAAGUCCAGACAUUCCAGAAAGAAGGAAAAAGAGGGAAAGUGCUGUAUCAAUGGAAGUAAUGAGACAAAAUUCUAUGUAUGAAAACUGGACCUUACCUUUCCAAUCGAUUAAAAGUUCAGUUCCUGUUAAAGAAACGGUGCUAAAUGAUACAGAGUUGCCAAGGCCAAGUAAAAGUACAAUAUAUGAGUUUGAUCCUUUACAAGCAAGUACUUCACCACAGCGGUAUGAUGGUGUAAGUAAUGAGUUGUUACUACUAGAAUCCUUCUUAAUUGGAGAUACUUAUGGUACGAUUGUGGCCUCAGAUACUACUGAGGAUAGUUUUGAAUUUUGUGAAAGUGAAUAUUUUAAUCCACCAACUCCACCAGAGCGUUCAGACAGUCUAUUUCCAGACACAAAGUCGACAAAACUAAAUGUUGUUGAUAAAGAUAGAAAUUCUAACUGGUUUGUUAGUGCAGACAAUAAUGAUGCGAAAUCUGUGUCAGAAGAGGAAAAUAAACCAACAAAUUCAGUUAUGCAAAAAUUCUCUCACAUAUUAAAAUUUGAGAAAUUAAAUAAGUCAUCCAAACCAGUUCCACAGAAGGUGGAAACUGUGGAAAGGCCACCAGUCAACUCAUUACCAGUGCCAUACUUUAGUGGGUUACUGACACGCAUUGUAUCAGGAGUAGUAGAAGAUUUAUUUAAGAACUCACAGACAAGAUUUUGUGUGCUUUCUGAUCAAAAGUUGAUAUGUUACUCAGAUCCUACAAACUCCAUAUUGAAAGAAGCUUAUACAUUGGACAAUAUCUAUUCUGUACAGAUUGUGCUGCCUCUGUCCUCUAGUACAACAAGUAACUCGUACUGUUUCGAGAUAAUGGUAUCGUCGGGGGGCAUGAGAAGCUCUCCUCGCAAAAUACUGUUCAGCUGCGCGAGCGCUUCUGAACGUCGCAACUGGGCUCAAAAAAUCGCGGAGCAUUUGACCUGCGGGUUCGCUACUAAGUACACUUCGGAGUUUACCAGGUGCGGCUGGUGCUACCUUAAGGAGGGAGUGACAGGAGAAUGGCGAGGUGCCUGGGUGAUGCUCAUCCGACGUGUGAUGGUCUACUACACCACAAAGGAGCCCACUGUGCGUACCGUUGACCUCAGGAAAACCAGAUGUGUUGUGACACAAGAGGCUGACGAGGACACCAAGUCAGUCUGCCCGACAGACGGUAGUCACAACUUACUACUCGACUGCCCACACGCCACACUUUACUUGCGGUUUCCACACGAGAGAGAACUGAAGGGAUGGCGGUACAUGGUGAAGCUGGCUGCCCACAACAAUGGAGCUCACAUCCACCACCAGCAGCUUACAAAAGAAGAUGUUCCCGCCAUCGUGGACAAGUGCCUUAGCUUUAUCUAUGCUCAUGGCAGUCUCUCGGAAGGUAUCUACCGUCGCGCAGGCAGUGGCUCUGUGCUGUCUGAGCUGUUGGCUCGGUUCCGUCGCGAUGCGUGGUCUGUCCAGCUCAGCCCCGUGCAACAUUCCGAGCAUGAUGUUACCGGCGUCCUCAAAAGGUUCUUCCGUGACCUUCCUGAACCUUUGGUGCCACAAGAAAAACAUAAAGACCUGGUAGCAGCUCUAGAGAUAUCAGACCAGACCGCCCGGUACCAUGAGUACCAUCGCAUCAUGUCUUCUUUGCCUCUAGUGGCACGCAAUACUGCGCGUAAACUGUUUGCUCACCUACACUUCUUGCACACAAUGGCACAUGCUAACAAGAUGGGUGCCGAAAAUUUGGCCUCUGUAUGGGCCCCUACUAUCAUGCCUGCAGCCAUGACUAGCAACACGCUACAGACUGCUUGGUCGACCAAGGAGGUGUUCGUAGUUCGAGAUCUGAUUGCCAACUUCGAGUCUAUAUGGGAGCCUACGGACGCUGAGAAACGUCGCGAGGCGGCCGUGAGACGAGUCAUCAUGAGAGUACUUAGUAACUCCGCUCCAGCCGCCCCGAAAGCAGCCGGUGAUUUGAGAACCUGGGUCUAUGUUCAUGAUAAGUCAACCUGCUAUCAAAUUACUCUAACACCAAAUAAAACAAGCUCAGAUGUGUGCAUAGAACUGUGUGAAAAGGCAAAAUCAGAGUCUCAUCUACUAAUGCUAGAAGAAGUCAUAUGUAACGACACGAUGCGGCGCAUAGUGCAUAUUGAUGAAGUGGUAUUGGACGUGGUACUUCGAUGGAGUUACUGGGAUGAGGACGACAGGAAACACAACUAUUUGCUAGUGAAAGAGAAUAAAAUACUCCAUGAUAUGGAGGCAAUGAGACAAACGCCGUCCGUCUGCGGUGAGCUCCGACUCGCCACUGAGGCAAUGAAGUCUUUUAAACUACAUAUGUUUGAGGUGCAAAAUUCUAGGCUGUGCUAUUUCAAAGAUAAACAGGGUUCUCAUAAGAUAGAGGAGUGGAAAAUAAAGGACAUUUUGUGGUAUGUGGGUCAUGAGGUAAAAAGGAAUCCUCAGUCGCGGUGGGCCAUCACAUUUAUACCUAGAAACAAACAGAAACGGAGUAAAGACAAACCGUGGUUCGGUUGCACCAUAGCGGGCGCUGUGACGGAGGACCAGCUUAAGUGGAUGACGGCACUUAUGUUCGCAGAGCAUUCGACAAUACUACCGACCCCUCGACUAGUUAUCACAUAA